AUGGAAGUUUUGAGGGUCAUAGUGGACCUGUUAAAGAUGAACGUUGCUCCUCUGGCAGUCUUUCAGACCCUAAAGACCAUGUGUGCGGGACAGAAAGUCUCUGAAACAUCCACUGGUGACACAUCCACAGCGUCCCACACUGCCACUGCACCUUCUGAGUCUAGAGAAGAGGAGGGUGUGGUCUCAGGAAACAGCUCUAAAACUGCAGCCCCUCCCUCUGCAUCUGUACCCCGCCCACCUAGGGGAGGGGCUAAGAUAGUGGUCUACAGUGCGGGUGACACGGGUGCUCCUGUAUCUCAAGUACGCAGUAAAACAAGUUCAGGGCAAGGGGAGAAAUCGGCAAGAGAUGGUUCUAGCCAGCGAGUGCCACGGCAGGUCAGCGCCACCAGGGGGCAGAAGAGCGCCAAGAGCUCAGGCAGCAGCAGCUCGUCUUCUCAGCUCACCUCCAACUGAAGUUCUUCAUGAAUUACCAAACUUUCUUGAAUUAAACUCCGUUUUUCUGUUGAUGAAGGUUCCUGUAGUAUUGGAAGAAACUUUUUCACUGUAAACAAAAAUAGUUAAGCCAUUUUAGGGAUCUCCCUAGAUAUCUUCAGUGUUUCACUGAAGCCCUCUUUGCAUCAAAUUUGCAUCUCCCCCAGAGAGACUAUAACUGAAGUAUGCCAUAUUUUCCACGGUUUAGUUUACACGUUCACACCAAAACCAUUUGAGAAAAACACAGAUAAUCUUUUGCUAUCUUUAAACCAUCCACUUCUACAGUUCGGCAGCUUCGGGCUGCUGUGAAGCACAUCUGUUUUAAACUGUUUAUGUGUAAGACACUCAGAAUUGUCUUGGUAAGCUUCGAUGUCUAGAUGGACAUUAUUUUCUAUUAUUUUCAUUUAUGAAAUGUUAUGUUAUUUUUUUUAUGUUAUUUCUUUU